ACAAUUCCCCAUUCACAUCAACGAUAUACACUGACAAAUUUUGCACAUUCGAAAUCAGAUGGAGAGAUUGAUCGAUGAACUGGCUAGUGUUGUGACGCACAACAUGAGACUUGAUGACGAUUUCGACUGUGGACCAUCAGAUGUUUCUUGUGAUUGGACAAAGCGCGAAUUCGUCUUGGUGCUUGACAAGAUGUUUCUUCCCGAAGUUGAUGAUGGUGUGGAUCCGAUUGAAGCGAAGAAAUUAUGGAUGAGGUUUGGUGUGACAGCGGCUGCUCAUGUGUACAAAUCUGUUGGUCAGUGUGCAUCACAAGCACUGCGUGUGUGGCUGACGAAUGCAGCGUUAGCGGUGAUUCUCCAUGGACUUCUGGGAGAGUUGACGACGUCAACAGAGGGAGAUGCAGGUGGAAACACAGCUUCUCCUGAAGAAGCCACAAGCGAAUAUAUAUCACUACCGGAUGAUGUAUGUUCAAAUGGUCGUGAGGAUGGAAAUUGGAGUUAUGGCUGUUGGACAGUGGAGAAUUUGGCGAGUAGUUCCGAGAUGAGAGAUGUUGUGAGAGGAGAGAUGAUGAAUGCAUGCAUCUCAGUGAUGAUGGCGGCUGUUGUGAACUACUUUGAGGAGAGGUGUUACACACCGAGUGGCUUUCGGAGGGACAGCUACGCGUGGCGAAUACUUCGAAGUGGUGUGAUGGAGAAAUAUGGUCUGACAGAUGAGGGUGAUAAGGAGAAGGCGAUGCUGAUCACUGGUCGAUGGGUCUCGAAAUUGGUUGUUUUCCGUAUGGCGACGGAACACCGACAGCUUCAUCAUCCAAUCAGAUCUGUGAAGGCGAUUGGUUACAACAAUCAGUCACUCAAGAAACUGGAUGUCGGUAAAUAUUUCUAUCAAGUACCAGCUGGUUUCACAUACACUCGAAUCGCCUACGCUAUCGCCAACAGGAUGGUUCGAUCUGUGUGCAUCCCCUUGUUUGAGAAUCUCCAUGAACUGAAUGAUCUCCGAAGGCUUCACCGUCAAAUAAUUGAUGAUCCAUUCCACUACCACACAGAUGGUGAAUAUUUGACCGGUUCACCGAGGACAACAACUACCGACACAGCGAACAACCUGUUCGGUCGACUCAUCACAUAUCUCAGAAUCUUUGAGCCGGAAAGUGAACUGAUGCUGUAUCCUCAGUUGUCUGUGAAUGGAGAGACGCGUGAGAAGCACUAUUUCGACUACAGUGAACGUUGGGAGAAUAUUUUGCGUGUGAUUCGUGAUGAGAGAUAUAUGCCUUGUGAACAAUGUCUACGAGAUGUGUUGAAAAUAAGCUGUGGUAUUGGGGAUCACUUCCCACCGGAUGAAGAGAUGGUGAAGAGCUGUUGGGAUGAAUACGGCGUUAGCGAUGACAUUCGCCAGAGAAUUCUCAGUUGUUAUCAACCAAUCUACAACAUGGAGAUUCACUCAAGUGAAAUUUCACGGUGAUUUGCUAAAUAUUUUGUUUAACUUUAAUUAUAACAUUUUGAAUAAAGUUUACUUUAUGUUGUGUGGUGUGUUUUCUCGUGAUGGAGUGGUAGUGUAUGUGAGUUAGUGUAUACGCGCGCGAGGGCGAGAGAGAGAGAGUGAGUGAGUUGGUCGUUCGUUGGUACUUCGUGGUUCGGUAAGCGUGACAUUUGCGUUUCAGAGUUAUAUUACGUUGUCAACGCAGGCAGUGUAUGAUGUAGACGGUGGAUGUGUUCGUAUAAUUACAAGGAAACUUACUUGAUAUUGUGUGUAGGAGAAAUAGGCGAAUAGAAUUGUGGGUGAGGUCGGCUUCCAAAUCAGCCUGGAAUGAUGACGAAGGAGAGUAGAGUGAAUUCAAGUCGAGUUGAUUAAAUAGUCGACAGUUAUUUAGAAUGACAACGCAUGUAUGAGAAUGAUGAUUUCGCGAAUGAUCUCCCAUCAUCCUUAUUUUCACUCUCAAUUUAUCUUUAAGCUUAAUGAGUUUCGAUUUGAUUCAUGGUGACCACUGGAUAAACUGAGAACUGUCCGAAGUGUAGGUUAUUAGACGGUUCCAUUGGAAGAUAUAUCGAGUGUUUGUUAACCAGUGUAUUGGUCAGGUGUAAGGGCUGAUUAACAUUCGAUUGUCAGUCGAUUUGUCAUUCCGAGUUCUGCGUUUUGGUGCACUUUGGGUGACGACGGUAUGUGUGACUAGUGGAAUUCAGCACAGAAAGCGACUGUAACAGUCGCUGGAUGUGUUAAUUGGAAAUGUUGGUCUCGCUUCCGUGACUUCUGACAGGUAUAAAUAAAUACUGCGUCAGUUAGCUAGUGUAGUAGGAGAAUAUUAAUUCGAAUAAAGCAGGAAUGACAAAUGUACCGGGAUAAUUCAUUUUUAUUAAUUCCUGGAUACUUCUCAACUCGUAUUGUCAAAAGAAUAGUACCGAAAUUAUCAAUUGAAUUGAAUUAAAUUAAAUUAGCGAUGUGGACAUACUUGUUUUUAACAAUGAUAAUGAGUAAUUGAUUGGAAGUGAGAGUAAGUAACAUUGGUGAGGAAUGAUGUAGUCAGGUGUUGAAUAGUAGAGAGUGAAAAGGAUCUAUUACUUCAAUGAAUGAAUGAAUGAAUGGGGUAAUAAGAAUUUGAAAGUAGGUCAAGUGAGGUGAUAGUACUAAAAGUGUGAGGAUCAUAACCACAAAAAAGGUGAAGAUGAAGUGGUGUGGAUUGUGUGGAUGGGAUGAAAACCUCAACUAUGUGUUGACAAAUAUUUCGUUCAAUGUUUUGUUUGUAUUACGAGUGCACAAUAUCGGGGGAAGAGACUCUCUUUUCAACGAAUUUAUUAUCAAGCUGUACAAUCGUAUAUGUAUAUGGUUUUUAAUAAGAAAUUAUAUCCGGUGAGGGAAUUAGGUCACAGGUGUGAAUACAUGAAAUAAUAAUAGUAUUAUUAUUAGUAGUAGUAUGAAAUGCAAUUGAAAUAUUUGUGAUCAUAAUCACAGUUUAAUGUCGAGAGGCAACAUAAUUAAUGUCAUAUAUAGAAUAAUAUAUAAGAUGUAUAUAUUUUGGAAAGUGGAGCAUAGCUAUAGGAUUGGUAGGCGAAUAUAAAAUGUUACAUAACAUGGUGUGAAAUUUGAUGAGAUAGAAUUCAAUGUUGUAGG